AUGUCAACUAGAAUGGGGGGCCUUCCUUUACCGACAGGCUCUCUUUCGGGCAAAUCAACAGGAGGAGCAAAGCUCUUUAUGAGCUCAAAUGGGUCUCUCUUCUUGACCGUUUCAUUGUACAUUACAGUUUCGAUACUAGCGACUUUCAUCAACAAACUGCUCUUCACUUAUUCAGAAUACAAGUUUCCCUAUCCUUGCUUCACAGUGCUCUUUCAGCUUGCCAUUACAUUGGUAUUUAUGGUAGUAUGGAGCUUGGUGAGACCACUCCGUCAUUCAAUCCUUCGUAUACCUACACCAAGUUGGGAUUCCUCUGUUGCUAUACGCGUUGCACCAUUAACCAUUGUAUAUAUCUGUGUCAUUAUAUUCAAUCCUCUGUUCUUGCAGCAUGUCGAAAUCACAACAUAUCAUUUUGCUCAUUCAUUGACCAUCGCCUUUUCAAUAUUAUUCUCGUAUCUCAUGCUUCGUAUUGAACAACACCAACGUAUUGUGUCAGCUUGUGUCGUUAUCAUGUUCGGCACAUCCAUAGGCGCUAUGGGGAACCUCAAUUUUUCGCUGGUUGGUGCAUUUUACAGUAUAUCGUGGCCUGCUAUCGUAGCACUGUAUGGCAUCUACGUAAAAAAGACAUUGUCAGCAUUGAGGAGCGAUUUAUGGGCAUUAGUACAGUACAACACCAUCAUGUCGAUUGCUAUUAUGGUGCCCCUUGUCAUAUUGUCUGGAGAAUUGGAUGACAUCUUUUCUACAGUUUGGUUUUGGGAUGAAUUUGGAUUUUGGUUGCAGAUGCUGAUCACAGCCAUGACUGGAUUUGCUGUCAACAUUGCAAUGCUACUACUAUUGAUGCAGACAUCGCCCUUGACAUUGACUGUGGCAAGUGUAUGCAAGACCAGCAUUCAGGCACUUGUUGUAGCAGUAAUCUUUGGAAAUCGUAUGACUUUACUGAACCUGAGUGGCAUGCUCAUCACAUUAAUGGGAUCAAUCUACUACUCCUACAUUAGAUCAAUUGAAUCAAAGCUAUGA